AUAUUAUAUAUUUUCAAACACAGCGAUUUCUUAACAUUGUAGAAAGCCUUUUUCUUCGUGCCAAAUUCGAAGUAUUUUCCUUUUCCGUUCUCCUUAAAGCGUAAUCUCAUUCCAAUUCCACGGUGUUCGCGAUCGGAUCGCGACCUCAGUUUUUCUUGCCAUCUUCUUUCUCUUCAAUUCUAGAAAGAAUUAGCUUUCUAUACUAUUACUUGCAGGGUUUUUCAGUGCUUCAUUUUCCACGAUUCAGCCUCAAAUUUGGGCAGCAACAACUUGACUCCAUAUGGAUAACUGGAACAACACUGUUGAGGAAAGCACUGAUCUUGGUGCUGUGUUGCGGAAGGGAAAGGAAAUCCUUUUUCAGGGUUUUAACUGGGAGUCCCAUAAAUAUGACUGGUGGGAAAACUUAGAAAAGAAAGUUCCUGACAUUGCAAAAUCUGGGUUUACAUCUGUAUGGUUGCCACCAGCAAGUAAUUCUUUUUCACCGGAAGGGUAUCUUCCCCAGAACCUAUAUUUACUCAGUUCUUCAUAUGGCUCUGAGCAGCAAUUGAAAGCUUUGCUCCAAAAACUGAAGAAGUACAAAGUUAGAGCAAUGGCGGACAUAGUAAUCAAUCAUCGUAUUGGAACUACUCAAGGACAUGGAGGACUGUAUAACCGUUAUGAUGGAAUUCCACUAGCAUGGGAUGAGCAUGCUGUCACAUCUUGCACUGGUGGAUUAGGUAAUCAAAGCACCGGAGACAACUUCCAUGGGGUUCCGAAUAUUGAUCAUAGCCAACAUUUUGUUCGGAAGGACAUCAUAGGGUGGCUGCAGUGGUUACGUAGUGUUGGUUUUCAAGAUUUUCGCUUUGAUUUUGCAAGGGGUUAUUCAGCAAAAUAUGUCAAAGAAUACAUUGAAGCAGCAAAGCCUAUAUUUUCUGUUGGGGAGUAUUGGGAUUCUUGCAACUACAGUGGAUCUGUGUUAGAAUACAACCAAGAUAGCCAUAGACAGAGGAUCAUUAAUUGGAUUGAUGCCACGGGGCAGCUUUCAAGUGCAUUUGACUUCACAACCAAGGGGAUUCUUCAGGAAGCUGUGAAGGGGCAGUUCUGGCGCUUGCGUGACCCUCAAGGGAAGCCUCCAGGUGUAAUGGGGUGGUGGCCUUCUAGGGCUGUCACAUUUAUCGAUAACCAUGACACAGGCUCAACCCAGGCUCAUUGGCCUUUCCCCUCGAAUCAUAUUAUGGAGGGUUAUGCAUAUAUACUUACACAUCCAGGAACGCCCACAGUGUUUUAUGAUCACUUUUAUGAUGGGGAUGAUUCCGUGCACGAACAAAUUGUUAAAUUGAUGGAGAUACGGAGGAGCGGAGAAAUUCACAGCCGGUCCACUGUCAGGAUUCUAGAGGCCAAAGACAACCUCUAUUCCGCAGUUAUUGGAGACAAAAUAUGCAUAAAGAUUGGGGAUGGUUCAUGGUCUCCUUCAGACAGAGAGUGGACACUAGCAACGAGCGGACAAAGAUACGCAAUAUGGCAAAAGCAGCAGUGAUUCAUAUACCUUCUUAAUAAUAAACAAGGCAAAUGAUAUUUUAUUUAUAUUAUAAUAUGUACUUUGAUACUUUUAAGAGUUAAAUAUUAACUAUUACAAAUAUUUGUAAAUAUUAUUUUAAUAAUAACUGUAUUGUGAUUAUAAAAAUAAUUAGUAAGUAUAUAAUGUAUUUAAGAAAUAGCAAGAUAUUAAUUAAUCAUAUAAAUAAUAAGUACUUUUAAUUUAAGGUUAAA